CAGGAAUCACUCGGCUUACUACCGCCGCCGCCGCUACCGCCAUCUUGCCGUGGUCAGCGUGCGGGGCGGGACCUUCGGGCGUCCACGGGGCGGGACCUGGAGCACAACCGGAGGGUUCUCCCGACGCCUCCCUCGCCUUCCCACAGUGCUUCGCGACAGCCGCUAUGGAGGCCGGCAGGACUGCUGUGCUGCGGGUGAAGCGGAAGCGCACCGCGGAGCCAGCCGAGGCUCUUGUGCUUGCUUGUAAGCGCCUUCGGAGCGGCGAUGUCGAUGUCGAGUCAGCUGCUCAGAAGACACCGGAGGGUCUGGAGAGAGCGGCGGAGAAUAAUGUCUUCCAGUUGGUGGCCACCGUGCACUCUCAGGAGGAGCCAGUCCAGCAGCUCGUGCGGGCUGCCUUGCGCCCUUCACGGGGCAGCCAGCAGCGUAUCCGCCGCGAUCUCCGCGCCUCAGCUCGCGAUGUGCGGAAAGAAGGCCGCUACCGGGUGGUCUCCAGCCGCAGAUCCUCAGGGACCUCCGGCAGCCUGGAGUCCGAGUAUGCGCCAGGAACCCCAAAAGCUGCUGGGGACGCAGACUUUCAGCUAUUGGACUUGGUACAUGAGGAGGAAGACCCAGAGGCUGACACCACGGCCUCCUUCAAAACAUCUGACCCAGAUGUGAUCCUCUGCAAUUCUGUAGAGAUGAUCCGCGAGCGGUUGACUGUAUCUGAGGAUGGACCAGGAGUCGGGCACCAAGAGGAACAAAAGCACGAUGACUAUGUGUAUGACAUUUACUACUUGGAGAUGGCCACUCCAGGGUGGAUUGAGAAUAUCCUCUCUGUGCAGCCCUACAGCCAGGAAUGGGACCUGGUAAAUGAUGAUCAACAACCAGAUGAUAUUUAUGAAGACGAAGAUGAUGAGAACAGUGAGAAUAAUUGGCGCAACGAGUACCCAGAGGAGGAGAGCAGUGAUGGUGAUGAUUCCAGAGACUCUGAUGAAUAUAACAGCCUCAGUGAGGAGGAAAGAGGCAGCAGCAGGCGACUGGUAUGGAGCAAGUACCCUCUGGAUGUACAGAAGGAGUUUGGCUAUGACAACCCCCACGACCUGGAUUCAGAUUGAUGGUCUUGUGAUAUCCAGGAGGUCUACCACAGGCCUUUGAGGGCUCUGUGACUGGUAUCAACUGGCCUAGCAACAUGCUCUUAGGAUUCCUAGGUGAACAU